AGUGGCGCUAGACUGUCAUACAGAUGCCGUCAGUCAUAAGACGGGAGGACCCACGAAAGUACCAAUAUGGAGUUUGUGAGGAAGACAAGGGACAGGUACCGCGAAUUCCUGGAAGCGGGAGGAUGAUAUAUAACGUCCUCCGAGUGGCAGUGUUUCUGUCAUGCGCCUUUCCUGCCACGACGUCGCCCCACACUUGGGACGCGAAAAUGGAGUCCGAGGGUGAAGUGGCCCGGGAGAAAAGGCAAGCCCCCGACCCACGUUUGGCCGGAUAUAUCACACAGGCUCUCACGGAGGCAAAUGCUGAAUUACUUUACCAGAAAAACCUCGACAGAAUGAUGUUACAGCAAGGUAUUGAUAUUCCUGCCGGAAGCCAGUCCUAUUUUUGGCACCUGGGGCGAUUUUUGUAUACCAAGAAUAAAGAGGUGGUUGACGUUCUGUCAGACAAGGCUUGGGUCAUCGUCCGCGCGACCAAGCGUCUCGUGGAAAUGACUGGAAUGCCCUUGCGCGAGCUUAUGACGAAUCCUCAGGUUGUUGCCGAAUGGCGCCGACAGGUGGAGCCCUCAUGUCCGUUCAAACCUCCGACAUGUGACUUACAGUAUCCGUACCGAACCGCCAGUGGAUAUUGUAACCACCUGCAGGAUACGACACAGGGGGCUGCUCUCACGAGACAGAGACGCAUGAUGCUUAACAGUUAUGAGGAUGGUAUAGAUUAUCCGCGGGUCCGAAGUAAGACAGGGAAGGAGCUGCCCAGUGCUAGACUGGUCAGCAACAUUAUGCACAAGGCCGGGGAGUGUUCAUUGUCCAGUAAACAAUUCACGGUUAUGAUCAUGCAGUUCGGACAAUUUAUUGAACAUGACGUCAUCUCGACGCCGAUGAUUUCAGGUACUGACGGUGCAGAUAUCAUGUGUUGUGGGGGAGCUCCAAACGUCACCGCUAUGAGGUCUGCCUGUUUUCCUAUCAGUAUUCCACCUGCUGAUGGCCGCUUCUCCGAAAGUUGUAUGACGUUUGUUCGAUCUACGCCAGGACUCAAACUUAACUGCGAUAUGGGUAUCCGGUCCCCUAUGAAUCAAGCCAGUGCCUUUAUGGACGGGUCCCAAAUCUACGGAACCUCGGAGGAGGAGACAAAGGGGCUGAGAGCGCUCAUUGGAGGAAUGCUGAAGAUGACGACAUUGGGACUACCCCCUCCAAGCCAAGAAGAAAUGUGCAUUAAGGAAGCUCCGGGGGAUUACUGUAUGCUCGCUGGUGACUUCCGGGUGAACCACGUGCCUGGGUUGACUGUGCUUCACACAACAUUCCUGAGAGAGCACAAUCGCAUUGCUAGUCAUUUCACCCGGAUUAAUCCGGGUUGGGAUGAUGAGAAGACAUUCCAGGAAACCCGAAAACUUAUCAUAGCCAUGCUACAACACAUGGUAUUCAACGAAUUACUUCCGUCCAUUCUAAACGAGGAUCAUCUGGUCAGGUACAACAUCCGCUCCAGCCCUAGAGGUUACGGUGAUACAUAUGACCCCAAUACUGACGCUUCUAUAAUGAUGGGAUUUUCUGCAGCUGCUAUGCGUUUCCCUCACACGAGAAUCCCGGAUGUACAGGGAAUGGUAGACGAUUCAUUUUCGUCACAACGGAAUAAUCUUAUAUUUGCCACUUUUGAUAAACCAAGAUUCAUUUUAGAAAGAAUGGGUCAAGCUUUAAAUGACUUUGCUAGAUGGCUUAUUUCAUUUCCGGUUAUGGAAGACGAUCGAUUCGUUGAAGAUGGAGUACGAGAUUUCCUUUUCUUAGAUAAUAGAGGCCAUAGCUUUGACCUGGUAGCUUUGAAUAUACAGAGAGCACGUGACCAAGGUAUCCCGACAUAUAACGAGUGGCGGAAGUUAUGUGGACUUGUUCCCGCAACCUUCUUCAAAGCUGGGCCAGGUGGUCUCGUUGACCAUGAACCGGACGUUGUUAGGCUACUUUCAACUGUAUACCAUGACGUGGAUGAUAUUGAUUUAUUUACUGGGGGAUUGUCGGAAAUCACACUACCAGGAGCAGCCACUGGGCCAACGUUUGCUUGUAUUAUUGCCACACAGUUCCGGAGUGUAAAGGUCGGCGACAGGUUUUGGUAUGAAAACAUGCAUCCGAUCACCGGAUUUACUGAGGAUUCGAGAGACAUGGAAUUAUUGCGUUUAUUGUUCGUUCUGACAUUGGCUCGAACGAUAAGCACACAGAUGGAAAAUCUAACAGAAAUGGUAAUUCAGUCCGUCAAUGAUGCUAUUCUCAUGAGUGAGACAGCACAAUCCGGAACAGUUGGUGGUACUGAUGAAAAAACAGCUGAUAAAGCAGUCAUGACAAAUGGAUGUACUUUAUGGCAGCAUUCUCUCUUCUCCGCCAGCCGCCACACAGGUCUUGUUCCACAAGCCAACCAAAACGCCGCUCUCUCCAUUUCAGCAUUGCGCAAGUUUAAUGCGUUAUCAGGAACCGCUGGUCCAGAAACAAUUACAACAGAUGAAGAGCUACUGCGAACAUGGCGGUCACAAAUUUCUUCAAAAUGUACACCUUCGCCUAUGUCAAUGGCCUGCAGUGUGCUUGAGAAAUACAGGUCUGCCAAUGGGACAUGUAACAAUAUCCUUAAUCCAUUUUAUGGAUCUUCAUUCAGGCCACAUCGGAGAUCAUUGCCUCCAGAUUAUGAUGAUGGCAUUGAUUCACCUCGUGUCCGAGCAGAAAACGGCUCGCCUCUUCCCAGUGCACGUGUGAUCAGUAACACGCUACACAGCACAGGGAAGUCAAAGAGUAGUGCCACAUUUACAGUCAUGUACAUGUCCUUUGGUCAAUUUCUUGACCAUGAUAUCACAAGUACUCCUUCUAUGAAAGACCAGAACAACAAUCCAAUUGACUGCUGUAUAAAUAACAACGCUGAGCAGUCAAGUGCCUGUUUCCCAAUAGAGGUUCCCGAUAACGAUGAGAGAUUUGCCGAAACCUGUAUGAGCUUCACCCGGUCGGCAGCUGCAGUUAACAACGGUUGUGAUCCUGACUAUCGUCAACAAAUAAAUCAGCUGACUUCAUACAUUGAUGCGUCCAAUGUGUACGGGUCUACCUUGGAGACACAAGAUCGACUGAGGGAGAAAUCAGGAGGACGCAUGCGCAUAUCAGACCAAGGCGAUUUACUCCCGUCGUACAGAAAUGAUACUUGCAUACUACCUAAUACUCCUGGAACACAUUGUUUUGACGCAGGUGAUGAAAGGAAUUCGGAAGUGCCAACUUUAACUACAUUGCACAUUGCUUUCCUGAGAGAACAUAACCGGAUAGCGGAUUCCCUCAAGCUGUUGAACCAUACAUGGACUGAUGAACAGAUUUUCCAAGAGGCGCGAAAAAUUGUUGGUGCAUUACUCCAACAUAUAACCUAUAGCGAGUACCUUCCUAGAGUGAUUGGGCCAGAGCUCAUGGACUUAUAUGAACUGACACCAUCUCCGAGUGGAUUUAGAUCGGUUUACAAUGACACUAUAGAUGCCACUAUUACGAACGCAUUUGCAGGGGCAGCUUUCAGAUACGGACACUCACAGAUACCAGAUCAGAUGAUGUUAGUCAAUAAAAGAUAUAAAAAGAAAGAAAUAAUGAAUUUAGAAAAUCAAUAUUUUAAACCAGAUAUCAUGUUUGAGAAAAAUGGCCCAGAAUGGUUAGGACGAUGGCAAGUCACUCAUGCUCAGAACAAAGAGGACAAAUCAAUUCAGAGCAGUGUGAGAAACUUUCUAUUUUUAGACUCAAAAAACGACAGCCUUGACCUGGCUGCUUUGAACAUGCAACGAGGUCGUGACCAUGGCUUACCUUCAUACAAUGCCUGGAGGUUAUGGUGUGGCCUUAACCCUGUCGAACACUUUGGUUAUCGCAAAGGAGGGCUGGUGGACCAUUCACGAAAUGCCAGAAAAAAAAUCUCUAGUCUUUACAGCUCUCCCAACGAUAUCGAUCUCUAUAGUGGAGGCCUGUCCGAAGAACAGCUACCGGGUGGCCUAGUCGGUCCAACAUUUGCUUGUAUCAUUUCCCGACAGUUUCGAGAUUUACAAAAGGGCGAUAGAUUCUGGUAUGAAAAUGAUGCGCCACAUACCGGAUUUUUAGAAGCUCAACUUAAUGAAAUCAAGAAAAUGACAUUGUCGUCUAUAUUAUGCACGAAUCUCAACUUGGGCAAAACACAACAGGAUUCUUUUCGAAUGAAAACUAAAACAAAUAAUAGACAAGAAUGCAGUAAGCUGCCAUCCAUGGACUUGACGAAAUGGGCAAAGAAUCCAUUUUCAUUAUAUACGUAACACAUUAAAACACAUGUAUGCUGUUAGAGCUAUGGUGGGAAGAGUAUACCUCAAUUGUGUGUUUACAAAAUGGAAGACCUUAAUAUUGAUCAUAUAACAGAGGAAAACGACCAUUAGGUUAUAUAAGUAGAACGAACGAAGCUGAUUGGUUGUUUUGUGCGUUUUAUUCGAGGUGUUUACGUUUGCAUUGACCUUUCAGUGUUACACUUUAGUCCAUGACGUCAUUAUCGAAAUAUGUUAUGAACAAUUGCAAAUAAGAAACGGUACAUCGUUGCUAUCCUGCCAAAAAUCAACCAAUCGUGUCGUGUUACAUCUUAAAUAGUAUGCACCAGUUGAAAGUUUACAGAAUCGGAGAGCUAAAUCUAAGAUACAAAAUGUAGUUGAUAUGACGAUGAUCAGUCGUGUGGUCCCGAAAUUGAAGAUAGUAUUAUGACGGUGGUUUAGUCCCGAGAACAUUUGUCGUAAACAUGUUAAUAUUUUUCUUAUUCAAGCUUUGAUAUUUUUGUAAUGUGUCAUAAGAUAAUUAUUCAAAUUAAACAAUCACAUAACUUGGUCUUCUGGACUUAAAUGUUGAUUUCUCUUUGUUUGUAGUGUUUUAUUUCAAAUGUUUAUUUUUAUUUCUUUCAUUGUUAAUUGUAUGGCCGAAUAAAAAAUAUAAAACUUCAACAAUUCAUCAAUGGUCUUCAUCGUCUCUGCUUGAUAAAUACGUUAAAUGUUCCGCCUUAUGCAGUUUUCCAGCAUGUGCAUUGAGAGAAUUGUAAAUAAUGGACCUUUGUAUGAUGAAGGGAAGUACAUCUUAAUCUGUGUGUAUUAUGUUUUACAAGACUUUAUAUAAAGAUACAUCACAAAUCAGAA